UGCAAACUCCAUCCGUACACAGACGCAUGUGAAAAACAGCGUUAGAAACGGUUGCAGAGGCAGAGUACAUUAUCACCAGUUGUACAUCAUACAAUCUGUAUACGAAUGUAAAGACAGCAUGAAGAAAGUAGUGUUGGUAACCGGUGCAAACAGUGGUAUAGGUCUUGCCCUGUGUGAGCGUCUGCUAAGUCAGGAUGUGCAUCUGCAGCUCUGUCUGGCCUGCAGAAACAUGCAGAGAGCUGAAGCCGCCCGUCAGGCUCUUCUUGCGUCUCAUCCUAGAGCUCACAUUUCUCUGCUACACUUAGACGUGGGUAACAUGCACUCAGUAAUCCGGGCUGCUGAGGACUUCAAGACAAAAUACAACAGAUUGGAUUAUCUGUACCUCAACGCAGGAAUCAUGCCUAACCCCAGAGUAGACUUCAAAGCCUUUUAUAAAGGCCUGUUCUCAAGAAAUGUGGUUCGUAUGUUUGCAACGGGGGAGGGUAUUCUGACCCAGGAAGAUAAAGUCACACCCAAUGGUUUGCAAGAGGUGUUUGCCACUAAUCUUUUUGGUCAUUUUCUUCUGGUGAGGGAGCUGGAACCCUUAUUGUGCCAGACAGACCACAACUCUCUAGUGAUCUGGACAUCGUCCAGUAAUGCUCAACGCACAGCCUUUAGUCUAGAUGACAUUCAGCAUCAGAAAGGCUGUGAACCCUACAGCUCCUCGAAAUAUGCAUCUGACCUGCUAAGUCUAACACUAAACCGUCGCUACAACCGCCAAGGUAUGUACUCAUCAGUGAUAUGCCCUGGAUUGGUUAUGACUAACCUCACUUAUGGCAUUCUACCCUCAUUCUUCUGGACCCUCAUCAUGCCAAUAAUGUGGCUGAUAAGGAUAUUCACCAAUACGUUUACCCUCACGCCUUAUAAUGGAGCAGAAGCAUUGUUUUGGCUGUUCAUGCAGAAACCUGAGUCACUGGACCCGAUGGCUAAAUACCACAGUUUGACCUCUGGGCUUGGAAACAGUUACACUCAUCCACGCAAGAUGGAUAUUAAUGAAAACAUGUCAGAAGCCCUCUAUGUAAAGUUACAAGAACUUGAAGAUACAGUGCGGAGGAAACUAAAAGAGGAGCAUCUCGAUAUCAAAGAAAAAAGCUGAGGCACACUGAUGACUAAUGGAACCCUAAAUCUGACCUUUCUGUUCUUAUACCUAAAAGGUCUUAUUCCAAGUGCUUUAAUAGGGGCAAAAAAACUCUUUUAACAGGCCUUAUAUACAGGGGUUGGACAAAACAAUAUGAACAAGCGAUGUUAUGUGGGUUGAUAUUAAUUGUGUGGGCUACUGUGGAAAAAAUGUUGCGGAAAAACUGUGGAAAAAUUAUCUUCUGUUACUUUAUGUUGUCUAGGUUGCUUGCCAAAGCAAGGCUUUAAAUGUGUUGUUCCAGAACAAGUGUUCAGACAGGUAAUUACAAGAAAUGGGAGACUUGUCAGAUUUCCAAAGGGGACAAAUUAUGCAAGGCCAUUUAGCAGGAACAUUUGAGCAAAAGUCUCCACAAUUAUAAGAGGAGUGAGAAGCAGGUUCCCUGUUCUAGUGUCCCACAUUGAAUGUAAUGUAUAUGGUGUUUACAUUAUUUUGUCCAGCCCCUGUGUGCGUGUGCGUGUGCGUGCGUGCGUGCGUGCGUGCGUGCGUGUGUGUGUGUGUGUGUGUGUGCGUGUGUGUGUGUGUGCGUAUACAGUAUAUACAGUAUACAGUGGAUAUAGAAAUGAAUCGCCCCCCUUCAAAAUAAUCACAUUUUGUUGCUUUGCAGCUUGAAAUGAAGAUUUACACAGUUUUUGUUUUAUCCAGCUGUAUUUACUGAGUGAAACUUAUAGCAUCCAAGAGAAAGCCAUAACACCAGCAUAUUAUUAAAAAAACAGAAUCACUGAGUUGGAAAAAGGAUCACCCCCUACAAAUGACUUGCAAACUCAAUCAGGUGUAGCUCAUCAUCUUACUAAAUGGCACACAAAGCCAUUUAACUUACAACUGUAGUCAUUUUGAUAAGCUCAGCAUGAAAAGAGCUUUUCCUAGAGCAUUUCAGUCCUUUAUAGUGCCUCAAGCAAACAAUCAACUA